AUGGUAGUGGAAAGACAAAGAGUCGAGGCCAAAAAUAAAAUAAAAUAUCUGGGAGUAAUAAUAACAAAAAACCUCAACUUCCUGGAACAUAUGAAAUACACGGUCGAAAAAGCCAAUAAAAAGAUCUCACAACUACGGAGACUGAUGCCGAAUGUGGGAGGGCCUGGUUAUUGCAAGCGCAGGGUUCUGUGCCAAGUAAUGCACAGCGUCCUCCUGUAUGCGGCGCCAGCCUGGCGCGAAGCCAUGAAGAUACAAUCUUACAAGGAAAGAUUAAUGGCCGCGCAAAGAAAAUGCUUACUGAUGGUUGCCGCUGCCUAUAGGACCAUAUCGGCCGAGGUAGUCCAGGUUAUGGCAGGUUUCCCACCGAUUGAUCUCAUGAUAGCAGAGAGAUGUUUCCUAUAUAAUAUAGGAGGCAGAUUAGCCGGCAAUAGACGAAUGAUUCUGACGGGACAUGGUUCGUUCGGAACCUUCACUAAAAGAAUCCGUAAAACCGAGGAUGACACAUGUAAAACAUGUGGGCAAAGGGACGACCCGGCCUAUGUCCUAUACGAAUGUGCGAGAUGGGGUGAGGAGAGAACCAGACUAAAAGAACAACUAGGAUGUGACUUGCCUACGGCAACCGAGAUCAUAGGGAAAAUGUUGGAGGAUAAAGCAACCUGGAACGCGGUAACGACGUACAUGACCGUAGAAAUGAACAGAAAGGAAAAAGUGGAUAGAAACUCUCAGGGAUAA